GUCUGACAGCACCUUCCACCAUGUCCACAGCUCUUCCUACCGCUUGGCUCGUCACCGGAGCCAACCGCGGCAUCGGCCUGGAGAUCGUGCGGCAGCUGCUCGCGUCUCCAACCAACCUCGUCGUCGCGGGCGUCCGCACCCCAGAGAAAGCGACCGCACUCAUUGACCUGAAGAGCACCGCAAAGGGGACGCUGCACGUCAUCAAGCUUGACGUCAGCAACUUCGCUAGCAUCCGCGCGUCCGCAAAAGAUCUCGAGGCGAUUCUCGGCGAUUCCGGUCUCGACUACCUCAUUAACAACGCUGGAGUCGGACCGCGUGACACCGGCGCGUUCACCAUCGAUCCCGAUGCGCUUCUCGAGGCCUUCAAGACGAACAGUGUUGGCCCCGUGCUGGUCUCGCAGGUUGCGCUGCCGUUUCUCGAGAAGGGCAGCACGAAGAAGAUCCUGCACAUCUCGAGCACGUCCGGAAGCAUCGGCAGCGCGGACGAAAUGGGUGCGGUAAUGGCGGGAUACUCGAUGACGAAGUCCGCGUUGAACAUGCUCGUAUACAAGCAGAAGCUGGAGCGCCCUGAUCUUACCGUCAUCGCGCUGUGCCCUGGAUCGGUCAAGACAGACAUGACUGGGGAGUACGGGAUGAUCGAGCCGUAUGAUAGCGUGGUUGGGGUUCUCAAGGUAAUUACAUCCGCGACCGCCGCUGAUAGCGGAAAGUUCUUGCGUUAUAACGGCGAGACGAUCCCAUGGUAGAAACACAACAGUAAGAUGUAGUCUGUACAUAUGUAUAUAGCUAUAGUCGGGGCUCGUUCUCC